GGAGACUUCCAGAAAGUACCCACGAGCCGUCGCGCGCGCCUCUCUUCUCUUCCUGCUUGUCUUCUGCGGCCUCAUUUUUGCCUCCACCAUGUUGAGCGCCGCUCGCUUUUUGGUCCUGCGCCGCGGAGGGACGGCUCCCUGCGGGCCUGCCCAGGUUAUCUGGGAUGGGUUAAGUCAAGAUAUCCUCAGAGCUGUAGCGAGCAGGAAAUAUGCCUCAGAAGCAAUCAAAGGUGCUGUCAUUGGUAUUGAUCUUGGCACAACCAACUCCUGUGUGGCAGUCAUGGAAGGAAAGCAAGCGAAAGUGCUGGAAAACGCAGAAGGUGCCAGAACCACCCCUUCUGUGGUAGCAUUUUCAAAUGACGGUGAGCGAUUGGUUGGCAUGCCAGCUAAACGGCAGGCCGUAACUAAUCCACACAAUACCCUUUAUGCUACCAAAAGGCUAAUUGGGCGACGAUAUGAUGAUUCAGAAGUGCAGAAAGAUAUCAAAAAUGUUCCUUUUAAAAUUGUCCGUGCCAGUAAUGGUGAUGCCUGGUUGGAGGCUCAUGGGAAACUGUAUUCCCCAAGCCAGAUUGGUGCCUUCAUAUUAAUGAAGAUGAAAGAAACUGCAGAAAACUACUUGGGACAUCCAGCAAAAAAUGCUGUCAUCACAGUCCCUGCUUAUUUCAAUGACUCUCAAAGGCAGGCUACUAAGGAUGCUGGACAGAUUGCUGGACUGAAUGUUCUGAGAGUGAUAAAUGAGCCCACGGCUGCAGCUCUGGCCUAUGGAUUGGACAAGGCUGAAGACAAAGUUAUUGCAGUCUAUGACUUGGGCGGUGGCACUUUUGAUAUUUCUAUCUUGGAAAUUCAGAAGGGAGUCUUUGAGGUCAAAUCUACCAAUGGUGAUACUUUCUUAGGUGGUGAAGAUUUCGAUCAGGCGUUGCUACAAUAUAUUGUAAAAGAAUUCAAAAGAGAGACAGGUGUUGAUUUAACUAAAGAUAACAUGGCUUUACAGAGAGUGAGAGAAGCCUCAGAAAAAGCAAAAUGUGAACUCUCUUCUUCAGUCCAGACGGACAUCAACUUACCGUAUCUUACAAUGGAUGCCUCAGGACCAAAGCAUUUGAAUAUGAAGCUAUCUCGUUCUCAAUUUGAAGGGAUUGUGGGUGAUCUCAUCAAAAGGACAGUUGCACCUUGCCAAAAAGCCAUGCAAGAUGCUGAAGUCAGCAAAAGUGACAUUGGAGAAGUUAUCUUGGUGGGCGGUAUGACCAGGAUGCCAAAGGUGCAGCAGACUGUACAGGACAUGUUUGGUCGUGCUCCUAGCAAAGCAGUCAAUCCCGAUGAGGCUGUUGCUAUUGGUGCUGCCAUCCAAGGAGGUGUCUUAGCUGGUGAUGUUACUGAUGUGCUCUUGCUGGAUGUGACUCCUCUUUCUCUGGGAAUUGAAACACUUGGUGGUGUGUUUACUAAGCUCAUUAACAGAAACACAACUAUUCCAACCAAGAAGAGUCAGGUAUUUUCUACAGCUGCAGAUGGACAGACUCAGGUGGAAAUCAAAGUCCAUCAGGGUGAGAGAGAAAUGGCUACAGACAACAAACUGCUUGGUCAAUUUACUUUGGUUGGCAUUCCACCAGCUCCAAGGGGAGUCCCCCAGAUUGAGGUGACUUUUGACAUUGAUGCCAAUGGAAUUGUUCACGUGUCUGCAAAAGAUAAAGGCACAGGACGAGAGCAACAGAUUGUGAUACAGUCUUCUGGUGGUCUUAGCAAAGAUGAUAUUGAGAAUAUGGUGAAGAAUGCUGAAAAAUAUGCAGAAGAAGACAGGCGAAAGAAGGAACGUGUUGAAGCUGUGAACAUGGCAGAAGGAAUUAUUCAUGAUACAGAAUCCAAGAUGGAAGAGUUUAAAGAUCAGUUGCCAGCUGAUGAGUGCAACAAACUGAAAGAAGAAAUUGCGAAAAUGAGAGAGCUGUUGGCUCGUAAAGAUAGUGAAACAGGCGAGAACAUCAGGCAGGCAGCAACCACUUUACAGCAAGCAUCCCUGAAACUUUUUGAAAUGGCCUACAAGAAGAUGGCAUCAGAGCGGGAGAGCUCUGGAAGUUCCGGGAGCUCUGGCGAUCAGAAGGAAGAAAAGCAAUAGCUUGCAAUCUUGCAGACAUUGGAGUAGGAAGAGGACAAUGUUCCAAAGCUUGGGAAGUAAGGGUACUUCCUGAGCACCUGUGGGCAGACAUGUCUUACUGUGUUUUUGCAGUAUUCUAUACAUAAUUUCCUGAAUGUAUACAUUUAGUGAAGGUGUCUACUUGUGUAAUUAUCAUCACUCUAUAAAAAUCAAUUAAUGCAAAACAACUUCCCGAGGUCAGUGACAUUUUCAAGUGUGUCCUGAGGAUUUGUGGAGUUCUUACUUCUGAGUAAGAGCAGCAGUCAUGUCUGAAGGUUUAAGAACUAUGUUACAGAUUCAUGGUGGGGUGAAGAUUCUCGAUCCCCUCCAUUAUAUGUUCCACCCUUAGUGACAGAUCUUCCUUUUGGGAACAGAUUUCUGCUUCAGCAUGAAGGGACUGUAAUGGGGCAUGGAUUCAGGGCUUGGUCUACUUUGGUAGAUAAUAUGCAAAUCUGCACCUUAAUUUAGUAUCCUUGUCUAAAAGGAAGUGGAUUGUUUUAUUGUAGCUGUACCUAUAAGUAAGGCUACUCCAAAGCACUGCUAGUUUAGACUUUUUGCUCUGCCCAGCAUCUCUUCUCUCCUUGCAGAAAUACUGCUUCCUUAUUAAUAAAAUUGUUCUUAUUUGA